ACGGCCUUCGGGACAAGGAGAGAAUAAUAGUAAUACCAGAGGAGAGAGGAAAGGGCAGCUUGUUGCAGGGCUCAUCCACCGUCUCAGUCACUUCACGGUCAAUGGCAUCUUCUUCAGACUCAUGGAUAAAGGAGUACUAUGAAGCAUCAAAACUUGCUGAUGAUAUAAAUGGCAUGAUUUCUGAAAGGAUUUCACUUCCCACAUCAGGAUCAGAAAUACAGCGUCAUGCAUCUGCAAUACGGAGAAAGAUUACAAUACUUGGGACUAGGCUCGAUAGCUUACAGUCCCUUUUGUUGAAGCUUCCUGGAAAGCAGCCCAUAACAGAGAAAGAAAUGAAUCGCCGCAAGGACAUGCUUUCAAAUUUGAGAUCAAAAGUGAGCCAAAUGGCAUCCACAUUGAACAUGUCAAACUUUGCAAACAGGGAUAGCUUACUUGGGCCAGAAAUAAAGCCUGACGAUGCCAUGGGCAGAACAACUGGCUUGGACAACCAAGGACUUGUUGGUCUUCAGCGACAAAUUAUGAAAGAACAAGAUGAGGGCCUUGAUAACUUAGAGGAGACAGUCAUAAGUACAAAACAUAUUGCAUUGGCGGUCAACGAGGAACUUGACUUGCACACUAGACUUAUUGAUACCUUGGACCAGCAUGUAGAUACAACGGACUCUCGCCUGGGGCGAGUGCAGAAGAACCUAGCGAUUUUGAACAAGCGGACCAAGGGCGGUUGCACCUGCUUUUGCAUGCUUUUAUUGGUUAUUGGAAUUGUGAUUCUGAUUGUUGUGAUUUUGGUGCUGAUAAAAUACUUGUGAUACGAACUGUUUGUCGUUUGCUUUGGAAUCGGCUUUUGUUAUCCCUGUUGUUGAAACAUUUUCUUCUUCCUCUUUU